AUGAGCUUUAGCCGCAAGCAGCUUACAGAUCCCGUCGCCCGGCGAGUUGGAACACGCGUACGACAACCAAACCGUUCGCUGGAUUUUGAAGCGUCUAACCUGGAAACACUUCGUUUAAAGAAAAAUUCAAGGUCUGGUCACCUAUCUACCGUAACCGCCAUUUCCAUUGAAAUUUCUGGCUUGCUUACUGGUGAUCAUAAUCUUCAGGAGGUUAAAGAGAAGCUUCCUUACUUCGACAACGCCUUUGAAAGAUUUAAAGAGGCCAAUCGCGAUUACGUCGAAGAAAUUCUGGAUGAGAACGCCAUUAUUGAGGGUCAACGCUAUCUUGAAGACAAAGAGAGAAAGGUUCGUGUGUUCCGUCAGGAGAUCGUCGAUUGGAUAAUUAACAUUGAACACAAGUUAUUAGCAGAAUCGCUUCAAGUAGAUUCGGCAGUGAAUCCCGAGGAUUCAAUUAGUUGUGCUGGCACAACAAUUCCUUCAGGUGCUUCCAAGGUUUCAAAACAUUCAAGUCGAGCAAGUUCACGUGGUGGUCGUGCUUCAUCAGUUGCAGCCGCGAGAGCCAAAGAAGCCGCAAGAAUUGCCGAGUUAAAAGCUGAAAUUUCUAUGCUCGAAAAGCGCCAAACACUCGAAGAGAAAAAGUUUCGUUUACAGCAGGAAGAAUUACGCCUUAACCUCGAAGCCGAAAUGGUCAAGACAACAGCUAAGGAGAGGGUCUACGCAGCAAUGACCUCCCCUUCUCUACCGGAGGUGAAGCCUUUAAAAUUGGAGACAGAGCUUCAGGAUCAGGAUCCCCCUCGUACCAGCCCCCGCGCGAAAAGGUCUUUUCCAGGCGAGGUGCGUCACCCAGGCCAGGGCGUGUCCAUGGAUUCUGUUCCUUACGGCCAGUUUGAUUAUCAAGCUUGUACAGUCGGCGAGGAUCUGAGAAAGGAAACGAUUGGUUUGCAGCGGCAACAGACUGCUCUUCAGUUUCAGCAGAAUAGAAUAAUGGAAUUGCUAGCGCAUAAUCAGAAUAGGAACAAACUUCCGCAGCCCCGUGUUCCUGUGUUUGACGGAAACCCUAUUGAGUACCGCACCUUCGUUCGCGCUUUUGAAAAUUUGGUUGAAUCCAGAACAUUUAGCAGUACUGAUAGACUCUAUUACCUUGAGCAGUUCACCGCAGGGGACGUUAAGGAACUUGUAAGAUCCUGUAUCAUUUACCAGCGGAAGAAGGUUACGACGAGGCUCGUAGGCUUUUGAGAAGGAAGUAUGGUGACGAUUAUCGCAUAGCAUCCGCUUACGAGACGAAGGCCCUGGACUGGCCGAGCAUAAAGGCAGAAGAUGGUGUGGCUUUGAAUCGUUUUUCAGUCUUUCUCGCAAGUUGCAAGAACGCAUUGGCAGGUAGCCAGUACAUUUCUAAGUUUGAUCAGCCAGCAAACAUUCAAAAGUUGGUGCUCAAGAUUCCUUACAGCAUGAGAGAAAGAUGGCGUCGCUUAGCUGAUGACAUCAUGGACAGACAGUUAAGGCCAGUACAGUUCAGUGACUUCGUUGCCUUUGUUGAUGGCGAAGCAAGAAUACUAACCAACCCAGUCUUUGGCAAGAUAUCCGAUACC